UAAAUAUUCAGGUAAUAUUAUCUACUAAUUGAAGCUCGAAGUUUUGGCGAUGCGAAGAUGUUGACGAUCGCCACUCUUUGUCAAUGUAGGUUAAACCUCAUGUGGAUUGGACCUUUGGCAAGUGCUUACUUACUUGCCGGGUGACUCCAAUGCCUCUCUUCGGUCUGUGCCAGCUGUCGCAGACCUAUUUUAUACUUAAGCGGGAGACCGCCUGCCUAUAAUAGCUAGUUGAGUAAUUUUCGUCACUGAUAAACCCAUGGAAUACCAAGCAACACCAACGUCUGGGAGUUUGCUACCUCCAGACAGCGCCUCAUCCGUCGCAGAGAUGGCCGCUCUCAAUGCGAAUGAUUUUGGCGCCAAAGUGCCUGCGAUUUUAGCAUCCGCGAGCAGGCGCAUAUUCAAGGAGCAGGGAUGGAAGGAUCGCCCAUUUGUUGACAUCAAGGCGGUGCGAUCCCGUGCAACUGAGCCCCCAACAAUAGCAGCCAUUGCAACAGUUCUGCAGUCGUCGCUGAGAGAUCAGGAUGAAUUUCGCAUUGCCUGGACCGCGUUUUACGAGGUCGUUGUCGAACUUCCCUCGGACGCAAUCCGGUUCUACCGCCCUGCUUUGGAGGCACUCUCUGCUACGGAAUCAAGAAAGCAAGAAUCUACUACGAUAUUUGGACAACCCGAGGCCGUAUGGGUUCCAACGCACAAGGGCGACUACAUCGGCGAGCUCAGCCUGCAGCAGCGCGUUACAACGGCAGAGCAGAUGCGGCCGCACGUCACGGAGCUUCUCGGGUGGCUAGCGGAUGGGAAUUGGCCUCCGUUCCGUGGCUCCCGGAAGCAGCUGGCCCGGUUCCCGGAGGUUACGGUGGAGCCGAUUCGGGAGCUGAUGGAGAAGGAACGGGGCGACGGCGGAUGGCUGUUGAACCUGUUGGAGUUUGUGGGGGAUUGUGUACCGGUUGGGCCGCUUUGGGAGCCUCUGAGACCGGUGGUGCAGGCGAUUUCGGAUGAUCCUAAGGGAGAUGAAGAUGACUGGGAGCUUUCGGAUUGUGCGCGACUGUGGUUGUCAUUACUCCACCACGCUGCCUGCAGACCAAAUACACCCCAAGUACGCAAAGCACCCGACAUCAUGGGCAACAACCUCUCGACGUCUGUCCAGUUCGACACCUCGGGCGCCGUCUUCAGCCCCGAGGAUCGAGCAUCCGGCAUCAAGCUCAUCAUCUUCUGGGUGUCCACCCUCUACGUCUGCGCCAUGAUCUUCAGCACCUGCGCCCUCGUCGACCGAUGGAAGGGGCCCUACGACCGAAUCCGCACUGGUGCAGGGUCGGUCAUGGCGGCGUUAUUGUUGUCAACGGCCUGGCCAGUGGUGAUGGCAUACCUGCUCAUGGCCGGCUAAAGCAGCCAUCCGGGGCGACGACGGGAGACGGAGGAUGGGCGCGGGAAAGACAGGACGGAGCGCUUCAUGGGUUAACACAUGAAUCAAAGGCAAAUUGCGGUCAUGUUGAUUGUAUACUACGGAGUUCGAAAUAAACGGUUGGAGGCGCAGAUGGGCCCGUCUCAUCGACAUUGACGACGCGAGCCACCUCAGCCGUGAUGGGACGAAAGGCCAAUGCCGGGUUUGUUAGCGACACGGGCGUUCAAUGCGCUCAAUAUUUCUAUCUAAUACAAGAAAUUUUACA